AUGGCAUGCACCUUACAUUUCCGAAGGCGAUGCCAAGACUUUGGACAAGCGCUGAGCAGAUCCUUCUCCCAACCAAUCCGGAGAUCGUUUUCCUCAGAGGUCGUUGCGACGACGGCGGCGAGUCCUGCAGUGCCCAAUGGGAUUCCGCAGCCAAUUCAACCCGUUCUGUGGGGCACCAGUAUGAAGGCACUGGUGAAGACGGAGCGUGCGGAGGGCCUGACACUAACCACGGUUCCAAAGCCUGCCGUCGGGCCAAACGAUGUGCUAAUCGAGAUCCAGAAGACAGCCAUUUGUGGCACGGAUGUGCAUAUCUAUGACUGGAAUGAUUGGGCCGUGCGAACAAUUCCGACUCCCAUGGUCGUUGGGCACGAGUACUGCGGAAUAGUCAAGGAGCUUGGUUCAGAGGUCACAGGCCUCAAAGUUGGCGCCCGCGUCACAGGAGAAGGCCACAUCACAUGUGGUGUGUGUCGGAACUGUCGAGCCGGCAGACGACACUUGUGUAGAGAAACUGUUGGAGUCGGUGUUAAUCGACCUGGAGCUUUUGCUGAGUACCUGUGCCUUCCUGCCUACAACGUCUUCCAGCUCAGCAGUGGUGUGUCUGAUGAUGUGGCCAGCUUCAUGGAUGCUUUGGGGAACGCCACGCACACUGCCUUGAGCUUCGAUCUGGUCGGCGAGGACGUGCUGAUCACUGGAGCUGGACCUAUCGGGGUAAUGGCUGCGGCAAUUUGCCGCCAUGUCGGUGCUCGCCACGUCGUAGUCACCGACAUCAACGAUUUCCGUUUGGACCUUGCCAUGAAGUGUGGAGCAACAAGAGCCAUUAAUGUUGGCCAGGGUGAUCCCACGGAAAGAAUCAGAUCGGUGAUGCGCGAACUUCACAUGACGGAAGGCUUCGACAUUGGCUUGGAGAUGUCUGGAGUUCCUGUAGCGGUGCACUCGAUGCUUGAUACCCUGAAUGUCGGUGCUCGCGUAGCUCUGCUGGGAAUACCAUCGAAGCCUUUCGCGAUCAACUGGGACCAGGUGAUCUUCAAGGGCCUCGAAAUCAAAGGAAUCUACGGCAGAGAAAUGUUUGAAACCUGGUACAAGAUGCAGAGUAUGUUGGUUGGUGGACUUCAGGACAAAGUGACACCCGUGAUUACACACAGGUAUUCGGUUGAUCAAUAUCAAGAUGGAUUCGAUGCCAUGUUAUCUGGACAAGCCGGAAAAGUAGUCCUCAGCUGGAACUGA